ACGAAGAGAAAACCCUAGAUCAAACGGUCACGGGCCAUCAUCGAAGCGAGAUGAUGAUAUAAAAACCCUUCGAGCCUUCUUGGCCCUUGCCUUGGCUCAAACUGUUUCUCAUUUGCGGCCGAACUGCUUUCUUCUCGCCGACGAAAUGCCGUUCAAGCGAUAUGUGGAGAUCGGCAGGGUUGCCCUUGUCAAUUACGGGAAGGAGUACGGAAGGCUCGUCGUUAUCGUCGAUGUCAUCGAUCAGAACAGGGCUUUGGUCGACGCACCUGAUAUGAUUCGUGGCCAAAUUAACUUCAAGAGGCUUUCUCUUACUGAUAUAAAGAUUGACAUACCACGUGUUCCUAAGAAAAAGACCCUGAUCGAAGCCAUGGAAGCUGCAGAUGUGAAGAAUAAAUGGGAGAAGAGCUCAUGGGGUAGGAAGCUUAUCGUGCAGAAGAGGAGAGCUGCGCUGAAUGACUUCGACCGGUACAAAGUCAUGGUGGCCAAGAUCAAGAGAGGACGUGCCAUCAGAGAAAAAUUGGCUAAACUAAAAAGGGAGAACCCAGCUUGAGGUUGAGAGGAUUAGUCUGUCUGAUCCAGCAUAGGUGGUGUUUAAGUCCUGUUGAAGUUAGGGGAUACCAUUUCCAUGUUUUUCAUAGAACUUGAAUUUCUAGAGAUAUUCGGGCUUGAGAUUUUGCUAUUAUCCUCGACUCGUCCACAAUGAUGGUCGUGAACUUUUGUUUACAAGUAAAUUAAGUUGUUUGCAUGUCUUGAUUA